AUGUCGUCGCUAUCUACUCCACCAAGCAGACAGUCGUCCCGUCCGGGUACUCCCCUGAUGCGGUUCAAAGAUUUUGUGAGCCAAACUCCCGUACUCCAGCCACAAGUCACCGACGCUGUGAAGCACUUCAAGCAUGAAGACGACUCAGAGGCCCACAAAAUCUUUCGCGCAUCGGCUGGGCAUGCGCCUAAAGGUGCCUCAUACCCUGAAGUCACUAGUGCCGAUGAAGAAACCGUCCCCGGCAUCCUCCACCCAGGCAGCACUGGGGUCAUCUACUGCUCUGAUCGUGCGAUGGCCAAUGGUUUCAGCUACGCCGCGUCGCAUGAAUGGGCCAACUUGGGCCAAGGAGCGCCCGAGGUCGGCGAUAUUCCCAAUGCCCCCGCCCGCCCAAAGGCCGUUGAUCUCCCCGUUGAUUCGCUUGAAUACGCCCCAACCACCGGUGUCAAAGGCUUGUCUUGUCUUUCGGCGCAUCAUUCUUUUUUCUCAUUGGCAUCAGCGCUCCGCGAGGCUGUGGCAAAUCUCUACAACCUCACUUACCGCCAGAACAAGGAAAGCAAAUAUACCUACGAAAAUGUGUGCAUUGUUCCCGGAGGUCGCGCUGGGCUUUCGCGAGUCGCUGCGGUCAUUGGCGAUGUCUAUACCUCGUAUCAAGUCCCAGAUUACACUGCCUAUGAUCAGAUGCUUUCUUCAUUCAGACGCCUCGUUCCCGUCCCGACUGCCCUCGAUCCCAAGACAAAAUACCGCUUAGAUAUUGCGCAAACCAAGAGGGACAUUCAAACACAAGGUCUUGCUGUCAUCCUAGCAUCGAACCCACGCAACCCGACAGGCCAGGUUAUCAAAGGCAAAGAUCUUAAAGAGCUCGUGGCCAUUGGGCGUGAGGGAACCACCGUCAUUCUCGAUGAAUUCUACUCGUGGUACAUCUAUCCGGACAGCGAAAGAGACUACGGCCAUUCCAUCUCGGCAGCGGAAUAUAUUGACGAUGUCGACAGAGACUCGGUUGUGAUCAUUGACGGUUUAACCAAGAACUGGCGUCUUCCAGGCUGGCGAGUCUGCUGGGUCAUUGGCCCUAAAAAUUUGGUUACUGCAUUGUCGCAGUCAGGCUCGUUCUUGGAUGGUGGCGCUAACCAUCCUCUGCAACUCGCCGCCAUACCCCUGCUCGACCCCGCUCACGUCAAAAAAGAGAAGGAAGCACUUCAGAGGCAUUUCAAGGCCAAACGCGACCACGUGCUCAAAAGGCUCCAUAACAUGCAUCUCGAUGUCGAUAUUCCACCCACCAGCACCUUCUAUAUCUGGCUCAAUCUUGAGCAUCUCCCCGCGCCUCUUAACAAUGGCCUCACUUUCUUCGAAGAACUGUUGAAAGAACAGACCAUUGUUAUCCCAGGCAUAUUCUUCGAUAUCAACCCUUCGCAUCGCCGCAACCUGUUCAACUCGCCAUGUCACCACUUCAUCCGCAUCAGCUUUGGCCCCCCGCUCGAGGACCUCGACAAGGGACUGGAUGCUUUUGAGCGCGUGCUCAAGAAGGCGAAGAAGGAGGGUAUGAAGGCGUUCGGACAUAGCUACAAGAAGAGUUUGGAGGGAGUCGAUGCGGAGGAGAUCAAGGCGCUUCAGCAGCACAUUAGUGGCUAA